AUGUCCAACGACAAAAAGCAAGAGCCACCACCGGUUAAACUAACAGACCCUAAACAACUAACCACAAUAUACAAAAAGAACGGCACGUUUGAUGCCAAAAGAAAAGAACUUCUAUCCGAUUUCAAACAAUCGGAAACAUGUCAAAACUUGCUACUUAAAUUACAAAUCAUGGUGGAGUCCAAAGUCAAAGCUGAUCCUCUGAUAUUAAUGAAGAAUAAAGGUAAGGUGGCUGCUUUGAUACAGGGUGAAAUUGUUAAUCAAUCAAGUUCGAAGGAUACGGCAGCAUCACAUAUAAACACUAACGAUAACAGCGCUGCUGCUGAAGGCGACAACGCGGCCAAAGACGAGGCCGGGAUUUUGAGCAUUGUAGAUAAAGAUAUCCAAGAGAAUGUAAUUGAUUCUUCAUCCUUUCAUGAGUCAGUAAAGGAGGAAUUGAUGGAUGUACAACGGAAACUCAUGGGUAUCAGUGAUGAAGAGUUUGAAAAGAUGAAACAGGAACUACGAGCCAAGAGGGAAAAGAAGGAGAAAGAUGCAUUGAAUAGGAAAUUGAGGUUGGAGAAGGAGAAAAUGGAGUUGGAUUAUCGAAAUAAUUUCAAAAUUAAGGAUUUGGCGAACGGGAGUAUUGCAACUAACGCACAUCGUGUGAAUAAAGUUCCACGGAUCAAUUUGAAGAGCAGUACAAGUAAUGGUGGUGGUGGUGGUGGUGGUGACGGUGGCGACUCCGUGUCCGAAGCCAAAGUUGAAAAGAAGAAGAAAGUGACCAAGAUGAUGUACUGA